GCAGGUGCCCGCGCAGGGAUCAGGAUUGGGACCUGGACCCAGAUUGGCAUCGGGAUCCGGAUUGGGAUCAGCCCUGACUCUACUCGGGCUAGGCGAACCGGGAUCAGGCGGGGCCGGCUCAGAUGUACUAAGCUCCGGUGCAUGUCUCUGAAGAAAGAUGGCCUGUUGGACGUUCUGCGUGGCUUUGCUGCACUGUGAAUUUCUUUACGUGAUGGCCGCGUUUAACCCGGCAUAUCCGGUCACACCUUGGGGAUUUACACUAUCGUGCCUGCCAGCAAAUAAAACCGAGGAUCCAGCCUCCUCUGUCCCCGGAGUGUCCAGCAACGCUUCGAGCCUGAGCGGAGGCACCGAGGCAGCCGCCGAAGGCAGACUUAACUCCAGCGGCUUCCACGUUGCCCAUCUGUCCCCAGCAGCUUCCCACUGUUGCUUCUGGAGCGAGCAGGGUACAAGCUGCCCCGUGCGUGUAGGCGUCGCGGAGGGGGAGACACUUGUGUCCACGGUGGAGUCUCCUGUUUCCCAGCAACUGGGUGUGGACUGGAACCUACAGUGCUGGAUGCAAGGAGACUUGAAAUUAUUCAUCUGUUCUGGGGAGCCCUUACUUAAGAGUCUUUUCCAGAACUAUGACCUUCAGGCACAACUUUUCCAUGUCCUGGCUGAAGCUGCAGAAGACGCGCACCUGGCUCCCCAGAAGGGCGGCUUUGAGAGCGUCCAGUGCAAUGGCAGCCGUGAGGGUCGCUGGGAGUGUCGCGUGCCGGUGCCCACAGCCAAGCUCAACAGCACCCUUCUGAUGUAUGUGAAGAUCACAGCCGCUGGGGGCACUUUUCAGUCACCGCUAAUGUCUGCUCGGCCCAUAAAUGUUGUGAAGCCUGAUCCGCCACUGGAUUUGCAUAUGGAAAUCACAGAGGAUGGUAACUUAAAUAUUUCUUGGUAUAGCCCAACACUGGCGCCAUUUCCGCUUCAGUAUCAAGUGAAAUAUUCGGAGAAUUCUUCGACAGUUCUGAGAGAAGUGGACGAGACGGUCUCAGCCCCGGCUCUCCUGGCAGACAGCGUGCUUCCUGGCUGCUCCUACGAGGCUCGGGUGAGGAGCAGGAGACUGGACGGCCCGGGGGUCUGGAGCGACUGGAGCGCCCCUCGCGUCUUUACCACGCAAGAUGUCAUGUACUUUCCACCUAAAAUCCUGACAAGCGCUGGCUCUAACGUUUCCUUUCACUGCGUCUAUAAAAAUGAGACCAUGAUUGUUUCCUCUGAAGAGAUUGUUUGGUGGGUGAAUUUAGCGGAGGAAAUUCCUCCAAGCCAGUACUACGCUGUGAGUGACCGUGUGAGCAAAGUGACUUUUCUCGACGUGAAAGCCACCAAACCUCGAGGCGUGUUCACCUAUGACGCUGUGUACUGCUGCCAGGGACACCAUUGCCACCACCGCUACGCUGAGUUAUAUGUAAUCGAUGUCAAUAUCAAUAUAUCAUGUGAAACUGAUGGGCACUUAACUAAAAUGACUUGCAGAUGGUCCGCCGACCCAGCGCGGUCACUCGUGGGAAGCUCCUGGCAGCUGUGGUAUCACAGGAGCAGCCUGUAUUGCUCUGACCGUGCGUCCCUCCAUCCCAUAUCGGAGCCAAAAGAUUGCUAUUUGCAGCAGGAUGGCUUUUAUGAGUGCAUUUUUCAGCCAAUAUUCCUAUUAUCUGGCUACACAAUGUGGAUUCGGGUCAACCACUCUUUAGGGUCCCUGGACUCUCCACCAACAUGCAUCGUCCCUGAGUCCGUAGUGAAGCCACUGCCUCCAGCCAAUGUGAAAGCAGAAAUUACUGCAAAUAUUGGAUUAUUGAAAAUAUCUUGGGAGAAGCCCAUCUUUCCAGAGAAUAAGCUGCAGUUCCAGAUUCGCUAUGGCUUACGUGGACAGGAGACGCAGUGGAAGACACACGAGGUGGCUGACAUAAAAACCAGGUCUGCCAGCGUCCCCGUGCGAGACCUGUGUGUGGUGCAUGCCGUACAGGUGCGCUGCAGGAGGCUGGAUGCGCUGGGCUACUGGAGCGACUGGAGCAGCGCCGCCUACACAGCGGUCACGGAUGUCAAAGUUCCUGCAAGAGGCCCUGAAUUUUGGAGACGAGUUAAUGGUGAUGCCACUAAGAGAGAGAGAAAUGUCACCUUGCUUUGGAGGCCUCUGAUGAAAAGUGACUCUCUGUGCAGUGUGAGGAGGUACGUGGUGAAGCAUCAGACUGCCCGCGACGGGACGUGGUCGGAAGACGCGGGCGAUCGGACUCAGCUCACCUUCCUGUGGGCGGAGCCGGCGCACACGGUCACGGUGCUGGCCAUCAAUUCCAUCGGGGCUUCCCUUGCCAAUUUUAACCUCACCUUCUCAUGGCCCGUGAGCGAAGUAAACGUCGUGCAGUCGCUCGGUGCAUACCCUUUAAACAGCAGCUGUGUGAUUCUUUCCUGGAUUCUGUCGCCCGGUGAUUACAGCCUGAUGCAUUUUAUUAUUGAGUGGAAGAAUCUUGAUGAAGAUGAUGAAAUUAAGUGGCUUAGAAUCCCUUCAAGUGUAAAGAAGUAUUAUAUCCACGAUUAUUUUAUCCCCAUUGAGAAGUAUCAGUUUAGUCUGUACCCAAUAUUUUCGGAAGGAGUGGGGAAACCAAAGACAAUCAAUGGCUUCACCAAAGCUGACGAAGGGCACCCGAAUGAUGCAGGUCUCUACGUAAUUGUGCCGAUAAUUAUUUCUUCUUCCGUCUUACUGCUGGGGACACUGUUAAUAUCACGCCAAAGAAUGAAAAAGCUGUUUUGGGAAGACGUUCCCAACCCCAAGAAUUGCUCCUGGGCGCAAGGACUUAACUUUCAGAAGCCUGAAACAUUUGAGCAUCUUUUCACCAAGCAUGCAGGCUCGGUGGCCUUUGGUCCUCUUCUUUUGGAGCCCGAGACCAUUUCAGAAGACAUCAGUGUGGACACAGCAUGGAAAACUAAAGAAGACGCAGAGCCAGCAGCGUUAGUGUCCCUGCUUGUAACAGCGCCUGACCCUGAAAACGGCUCCCUCGGCAUGAGUGACCAGUGUGACAGCCCUCCCUUCUCUGACAGGACGAGCACUGAGGUGAGCUGGGAGGACGAGAGCCCACGCCAGCCCUCGGUUAAGUAUGCCACGCUGCUCAGCAACUCCAAGUCUGAAGCGUCUGAAGCACCAGGGCCCGGUCACAGCUCCCCGGGUGAGGGGGGCUCCGGCAGAAGUUCUCCCCUCAAAGAUUCCAUCUCCAAUAGCUCCUGGGAGAUGGAUACCGAGGCAGCUUUCAUAUUGUCAGAUCAGCAGCCUGACGUGACUUCGCCGCAGCUUUCCUUCUCAGAAGGACUGGAUGAACUUUUGGAGUUGACGGGAAGUUUCCCUGAAAAAAACCAGAGUGAGAAGUCUGUUUAUUAUUUAGAGGUCACCUCGGUCAAAAAGAGAGAGAGUGGUGUGCUUUUGCCUGAGGAAUCGGAAGUACUGUGCCGGUUUCCGCCCCACUGUUUAUUUACUGAUCUCAGGAUCCUCCAGGACAGCUGCUCACACUUGGUGGAAAGUAAUUUCAACUUGGGAGCAUCUGGUAAGAAGGCUUUUGUAUCUUACAUGCCCCAGUUUCAGACUUGUUCUACUCAGACUCAUAAGAUCAUGGAAAACAAGAUGUGUGACCUGACCGUGUGAGUCCCUUCAGGAGAUCUUCAGGUUUGUGCUCUGAUGGGUCACAGGAAGGGACGUGGAUUCCUUUACAGCUGUGGACAGGGGAGAGAGAAAAUUGUCUGUCUGACAUUGAUCAGGAAGAGAGACCAAAAUAAAUAAAUAAAUAAAAAAUUUUAAAAAAGGAGAAAAGAAAAGAAACGUGAGAAAGCCUUCGUGAGCCAAGCCCAGUUAACGGACUGCUCCAAGGAGCCGAUUCGUGUUCUACUGUGGGGAAGCCUCAUUCUAGCCCGAAAUACACCCAGCGAGCACCUCCUUCUGAGAACCUGAGACCUGUUUAGAAAAAUGAACAUUCUCUAUUACAGCAUCAUCUUUAAAAGAAGGUUUCAAAUUAACCUCUGAGAUACCACUGUUGUCUUGAGGGUGAUUCCCCUUGAGUUGUCUGUGUUCCUGGUUCAUACACGUAGGGACUUGUACUCCAUCCAGGCACCCGUGCACAUUUUGGAAGUCUGUGAUGUGUUUGUAUUUUUGUUACCUGACUGUGAUGUGAAGUAGGCAUUUAAUGAGUGAUGAGCGUAGAGCGGUGAGCCCUGGCUUAAGAGGUGGCCGCCCUGAAGACAGCCACUGUGGCCAGUGGCCAUGCGCCACGCCUGAGGCGCGAACCACAGGAGAUCAUCCACUGGAACAGCAGCGCCCGCGAGCAGGAUUCUGAGGAUGACACAAGCCAGUCAUACUUUUUCUCUCUGCAGUAUGCUAAAAGGGCCAUUGCAUGAUCUAGUUCCAUGGCCAGAUGUCCCUGUCUCUGAGUGUGGUGACCCACUGUUGUUUGUCCCCUUCUCCACUUGCACAUAAACUAUUUUUUUACUCACUUUCUGAGCACUCACUCUUUAUAGGAACCAGUCACUGUGCUGAUACUGUAAGUCAUUUACUGCAAUAACUGUACCAGGCAUUUGUCACUCUUAGAUUCCUUUUAAGGAUUAGGAGAUUAAGUCAUUUGACUCACGUCACAGAGUUGGUGGGUGAGAAAAGAUUACGUCACAAUUACAGUGUUUUAUUUGGUCCCGGAGAACACUAUCAGCUGUUAAAUCGUGGAUUAUUCUAAAAAAUUUAGGGACAAUUUAGAGUGUCUUAUACUUUAGAAUAGUGAGAUACCCACCUUUUCUUCCCAGGUCUUCUAUAAACAUAAUUUAGGAGGCAAGGAGUUAAAUACAAUCUUUGGGCUUUUAAACUUAUAAUAAAUCUGAAACUUAUUUUUAAUUUAAUUUAAAAACCUUUAAUGGUAAUGUAAGCUUCUAAUCAGUCUUUUUAAAUCUGAACUGUAUGACAGACUCAGAAAUUAAUCAUUUAAAUCACAACUUCAAGUACAAAUUGUUUAAAGUUAAGUUAUGGGUCAGGAUUUACACAAUUGUAUGUUUCCCGGCUUGAAAUCCUGAAUUUCAAAGAUUAGAAAAACCCCGAGGCACACUUCCCAGAGUAGGGCCUUCUGGAG